AUGUGUCACAGAAACAGGGGAGGAAGUUCUGUGGGAAAACGGGAACAGUACGUGUUUGGCAGUCCACCCAUUCGCCGCCCUGAUCAAGUGACGGUUCUGUACCAGAUCGAAGCUCCGACCACUCAGCAUUGGCAUACAGGGGCUAGCCUGGACACGCCUGGCUGGGCAGACUUCUUCAACUGGACCUUGUCUUACCGCUUCGAUUCAGAUAUUUCAAGCUACUACGGGCUCAUCCGGAAACGACGCCAUCCGAUCAGCAGAAAUUAUACCACCAUCUUGGCUGAAAAGGCCGGUCUUGUCGCUUGGGUUGUAUCCAAUAUGAACAGCAUGUCGGAUCGAAACAGAUACGUGAGAAAACUGCAACAGUAUCUGCCUGUUGAUGUAGUCGGCAGUGGUGGUAUAAAGAGAUGCCCAAGACAACACGAUCGCGAGUGUAGUGCCAAACUUGAUCUGAUAGUCGUGGCAAGAGGUAUCAACGAGUACUCAAAUAUCGCUCCGAAAGGGACAUUCCUCAAUACAGCAGAUUUCGAUUCCCCAAAGGAAUUAGCCGAGCGAAUUUUGUAUCUGGAUUCGCACGAUGAUGAAUAUUUGAAAAUGCUUCAAGCAAAAGACGAAUAUUUCUCGCUAUAUGAGGACUAUCUUUUAGCUGAUGAUGUUUUCUCUGAAUUUCGAUACGAGGCUUUAUCCUUUUGCCAUUUGUGUCAUCGCUUGUGGAAUGUGGAGAAAUACCCAAACAUUAUACCAGAUAUCAAGGAGUGGUUCAGGCGCGCAAAAUGUUAUGAUGGUCACGAACUUUACAGCAGUCACCAGAAUAAAUGAGAAGAUCUAUCUUCCGAGGUCAUUGG